AUGUUUUGUUGUUAGUGUGAUUACGACCUGUUGCUAAAUAGAAGCGCUACAAAGAACAGUGUAAAAAAAGGGCAGCAAAGUGUGUAAAAUACAAAGAAAAAAUCGAAAGAUUUGUUUGUGAUAAGAAAUCCUUAAUAAAUAGAGAGUAAUUUAUUGGAAAUAUGUCAGUAUCAGCAAAUGAGCUAGCGAACAUGGAGUUGAGACAUUUAACAAUUUCACAAACAUCGCAAUUAUCGCAAAUAUUGGAUCGAAAUGAUUCAUGGAAAUCGUUGAUGGAGAAAAUUCCACGGAAUUUAAAUGAAAUUGAUGUUCAAUCGGAUUUGGAGAAAAUCUCACGUAAAUACAGUGCUGAAAAUAUCCAACUAGUAGAUGAAACAAGUAAACAAUUACAUCGAUCACCGACACUUAUACUAUUAGAUGAAUGGGGUACGUCGGGUAAAAAGCGGGCAACAGUUGGUGAUUUAUUGAAUUUAUUGGUAAAAGUGCAAUUAUAUCGUGCUGCCGAUUUUGUUGCAAUGGACAUUUUAAAGGGGCCACCGCCCAAGCGACCAGACACCGGACCAGUGGCUCGAAUCGACAUUAAUUUGCCACCCGAAGAAUUUGACAUAGAAGCCAUGGAAGAAUAUUUAAAAAAUGCAGCCUAUCCAAAUACAACACGCCUAUUUCAGAAUCAUGAAUCGGAAAUAAAUAAUAUGAAUCGAGAUUAUAGUAACAGUGUCAGCGUUGAUCAUGUUAAACAAAUUCGUGAAUUUUUUGCAAGCAGCUCAGAUGCAUACACCGAUCAAUCGGAGUCCGAUUCACAUUCCGAUCUUAUUGAAUUUUCCGCCACAGUCAAUGGUGGUUCAUCCGUUAAAAAUCAUCAACAACAAUCAAGUCAAUUAUCGACACCAGUAUUUCCGCCAAUGCAACCAUCAUCAAUCGAUACAUCGGAAUUUCAUAGUAAUAAUAAUGAUGAUGACGACGACGAUGAUGAAAAUGAAUCAUCGGUGACGGAAAGCGAAUGGAAUGCCAAUAAUAGUAUACCCAAUCUGCCAAAUAUAAGUGCAAUACAAUCAAUCUCAUCACAUCUGUAUAGCAAUAAUUCCAUUAGCAGCCAAGUGAACAAUUCAAUCAUUCCGGACAUUGACAAACUACAAUUACGUGAUGAAUUAAAUAGUGCUUCCGUAUCAAAUGUAUCGAAAAAUGAAGAAACCGUCUCAACUGAACUUUCCACCGAAUCAUACAUUCCAAAGCUAUCACUAUUACAUGGAAAUAGUUGAAUUUGCUUUCGGUUUUGUACUUAACAUUUAGUAUUCAAUAUAAAUAUCAACGGCACCAUCUCAAAUAUCAUUAAACAAACGAACAAACUUAAGAAUGUCGACAAUGUAAACAACAGCUAAAUUCAUUUAUUUUCAUUUUGUGUUAUUUAUAUAUAUAUCUUUUUUUACUGCAAUAUGAGCGCUAUAUUUUUAUUUUCUUUUUAACUGAAAUUACUCAUUCGGAUUUAAAAUUGACUCAUUCAUAUUUAGAAUUCCCAACACAAACAAGGUUACAAACGAACAACAAAUGUGCUUUAUUCAUUCCGAAAUCUCUCUUGUUUCUUUUCAAAAUUU